AUGUAAGAAAAAUAAAAACCAAAAUUAUUCCUCGAAAAAUUAUUCGAUUUAUUAGAGGUAUAUUCAAUUGUAACUAGUCUGGUGAAGCAUAUAAUAUUAUUCAAUGGACUGUCGAUAAAGAUGCUAUCAAAAUUAUUAAUCGAUAAUAAUUGAUUAGUGAUAUCCUACCCAACAUUUUUAAAUAGACAUCCUAUAAGAGUUUUACUAAAUAGAUGAAUCUUUACAAUUUUAAAAGUACUAAAGAUGAAAAUGGUUUUACUAUUUUUAUUAAUCCAAAUUUUACUCAAAGUUCGCUUAAUCUUACAUAAAUUAUGGCAGAGAAACGAACAAUUAAAAAGUCGAAAAAAGAAGAUAAUAAAAAGAGAAGUGAAUUAUAACAUGAACAUGAAUAACUUAAAUAGAGAUUAAUGGCAUUAUUCAAAUAUUAAGUGACACUUUAAAAUGAAAUCAAAACAUAAUUGGAAAUACACAAACAUCUUUAAAUGAGAGUGGCCAUUAUUAAAAAAUGUAUUUAUACUCGUAAAGAGAACGGUUUAAAAAGAAGAAGAAAACUUUAUAAUUUUUUGAAUUCUUUUUUUACACAUCUCAAAUCUUCAGUUAUAUGUAUUCAUUUUACAUUUACAGAAAAUUAGGUCAAAAAUUUCUCAUUUUGAAUCAUGAUCUAAUAUGUUAAUGUGAUGACAACGAUGAAGAAUAAUGUCUAGAUUUUUAGAAUUCUAGGUCAUUAUAUCAAACACCUUAUUUGACACCUAGAAAUCUUACAAUUUUCUAAUAAAAUUCCAUAAGAUAAUUAUAAGAUUUAUUUUAUGAUGAAGAUAAUAAACCAAAGUCUUUUUUAUAACUUACACCUGAAUAAUAAAAAUAAUUUAUAGAAACUAUUUGGGAUGAUUGA